AUGUCUAACAAGGUCACUGACAUGCACUUCAACCAAGAAGAAGAUAUUGGAGAGAUCAGGAGAUCAUCCUCAAGAACACCGAGAGGGCAUUUCGUGGUUUACGUAGGUACGAAGUUGGAAAGAUUUGUGGUCCCCACAAGGUUUCUGAAGAGCCCUUCAUUUCAGGAGCUUCUAGAAAAGGCUGCGGAGGAGUUCGGUUACGCGGAGGCUUACCCUAAUAAGAUCGUCUUGCCUUGUGAUGUCUCUACUUUCCGAAGUCUCGUUAUGUUCCUGACUUCUCAUGACAGGUAA